GCUUUUCCUGCUCUGACUGGACUGGAGUCUGGAGAGAGAAGUAGAGAGAACUCUUGUUAAUCAGCCUCCAACUUGGAGAGGAAGUUACCACCUCUUCCCAGACUCCACACACACACACACACACACACACACACUUAAGGAAUUUAACCACAGCGGCAAAGCAAGCCGGGAAACAGUCAGGGCUGCUUGUUUGUGAUGUUUUCCCCAAAGUUCUUGGAGGGAAUGAUGUGUUUGUGUGUUCCUGAAGCUCUCUGGAGCCUUUGACUGGGACUGGGUGGCCAAAUGAACUGUUUAGCCUGAAGACCAAAGAUCACAAGCUCGCUCCAGCGGUGAGACACAAAAGAAGGGUUAGCAAUUCUUUUCUCAUCACCGAGUCCUCUCCUAACACGAUGGGCUACAUCUGAAGAGCGGCUUCAUUAUUUGAUUUUGUGCUUUGAAGAAGCCACCAUGGAUGUCAAAAAGAAGGAAAUGGAUCUCCUGAGCAACAGCAUAGCUGCUUACGCGCACAUCAAAGCUAACCCGGAGAGCUUCGGCCUGUACUUUGUGCUGGGUGUGUGCUUCGGCCUCGUUCUGACACUUUGUUUGCUGGUUAUCCGCAUCUCCUGCAAGCCGCGCACCCGCACCACCACCACCGGGGCCGCCUCAUCCACGCCAGAGAAAAAAACACCACGGGACGACGAAGAUGCGGAGAGCGAUGACGAGGAAGAGGACGACGAAAGGGACGACGUGGAAGCGCCCGCCCUUCUGCUCGCCACCACAGUCACCACAGAGAUCCCCGUGGGGAAUGAGAGCAACCACUCGGACGGGACGCUGAAUGUGUUCACGUCGGCUGAGGAGCUGGAGAGGGCGCAGCGGAUGGAGGAGCGGGAACGUAUCAUACGGGAGAUCUGGAGGAACGGACAGCCGGACAUCCUGGGAUCAGGAACAGGGACCAUCGGAAGAGUGCAUUACUACUAAUAACAGACACCAGGCCCCGAAGACUGGAAGGCUUGUGGUGCAAAGUUACAAUACCAAGAAGUGUCUUGUUACAGACUAUUGGAUGCAUAUUGACAAAACAAUCAGUAUGAAUGGAGCUGAUGACACUUGAAGUAUGGCACUUAACGACAUGAAGUGUGCACACAGUUAUACACUACUCACACAAAGUUAGAGAUAAAGGACUUGCUUUUUUUAAUAUUGUGAUUUAUCCUUUGUACCCCUGCAAUUUUUUAAGCAAUCUUUUUUUAUGGGUUUUUACGGUAGCAAUGUGACAAGAUUUCACAAAAAUGACAGUGUGUCAAAAAUCUUUUUAGAGUUUUUUUUGUGUUGGGAAAAAAAAUUGCCUUUUUGGGGAAUGUUUUUGUGUGAUAUCGCCUAGAUUUUCAGAAUAUAACGAAGGAUAGGUUCCCCCUAAAAAUUCAGCAAAUAAGUGUAUUUCAGAAUGUGGAAAUGCCAACAUGCAUGGGUUUACUGUACUUGUUCCCACAGGACAGGACACUGAAUGUACUUUGCAGCUGUUUAAAGCCAAAAUUUCACCCCAAAACUGAAUAUCCCUAACUUUUUGUGAGUAGUGCACAUGCAGUGGUGGGUAAGACAGACUUUCAUUAUGUAUGCAAUGAAGGUUCUACAGUGUUCAUGGUGAACACCCACACGAGGGCCCAUAGAGGAAAUUACAUUGUUUGAACACAAACAUAUCACUUAAUCUAGGGGGGUAGAUAAUGUUACAAUUAAAUUAAGGGUAAAAUGAGAAGGAAAUUAAAGCAUUCAGGGAAAAUAAUUUGCAGAUGUUGCCUUUGGGUUAAAAGAAUUUAUUCAAACAAAAUCGCCUGAGUUUCAUUUCCAAUAAUUUUCAAUGUGCUGUAUGUACCUAUUUUCUUUUUAAUAGAAAUGCGACUUUAUAAUAAAUUUUUAAAAAAAAGUGGAAACAACAACACAAAACUUAACCCUUGUGUGAGGAAAAUGUUUUUAUAAGGCUACUAAACGGAAGUGGCAUAAUGUGGUGGGAUAACAGAGCAUUAAAGUAAUUUCCUUCAGAAUGGAGGCCAGGAAAGUAUAAUGGUGCCACAUGCACACUUCAUUUAUUAAGUGCCUCCAUUAUUUUUUAUUUUGUAGCACAAUCACUAUCUACAGUUAUGUAUACAUGUACUGUACUGCAAUGCUGGGAAGCCAGCAUUGCAGCGGCCUUGACCAAUCAUGGUUUUGUUCUCUUUUAACAGCACUUUGCUACAUUUUCAGUCUUUUAAAGUCAAUUCAUUUGCAUUCAUUGGCUUUCAUUUUUUCUUCAUGCAAAUUGAUAGUGUAGUUAUAACACAAAACUUGUUACUUUGGUUUCAUUUAAACUUAAAUAUGUACGUUAGUCACAUAAACGUUUAUUAAAACUCAACAGCCAAUAGGAAGCCAUUAUACUGCAGCACACAAAUCUCUCAUUGACUUGGCACUUAGCUACUUUUUCUGUCUUGUAAGGUUACGUAAUCUCCAUUCAUUGGCUUUUAUAAGUAUGCGACUUGUUAGUGCAGAUAUAACAUAAAUGCUUUCUUAAUUUCAUUUCGCUUAAACUUACAUAUGUUCGUUUUGUAAAUUCGACAUGGCAGCACCCUCAGCAACAAUGGCGGAAUUGGAUGACGUCUCAGAAGAAGUGAACUCUCAAUACUUUCUUCGGUCUUGUCAAGUCACUUAAUGCCCAGUCAUUGCUAUUUUUAUUAUUAUUAUGCAACUUGAUGGUAGCUCUAGAAGCGGAAAUGUAACUCAUUGUGACAAAGGUUCUGGCCGCAACCUGAGCAAAACAAUGACAUACUGUAUUACAAGGCUUUAGUAGUUCCAGCAAUACUGAUUAAAAACAUCACAACAUGAAUAUAUAGCUUUGCAAAGCCAGUGUCUGUCGGGUGUCUACUAACAGUGAGUGGUUUUACUUUAUUUUAGUUUGAUUUAGUUUUAU